AUGACUGAUGCGAACAAUAAUGGCCAUCGCCCUGGCUUUUCAAGGGAGUCCGGGGCCUCAACUGACAAGGCUCAUCCUUCCGAAUUUUUGGAGUUCGUCACCCUGGGUGAUCCAACGUUGCAGCAUCUAGAGCGUUUGAAAACUCAGCAGGAGCAGGAGAGCAACCAGCAGACUCAGGUCAAUGUCACCAACUCCAACGAUGAACUCUUUUCGGGCCUUUUCCACGCUAUCCCAGAUCUACGCAGGCUAUCUACCGAUGCUAGAGCAGCCACAAAAGCCGAGCACACCAUGACCUUUCUGCGAGGAUGCAGAUUGUACCCUAAGGCAAUAAUGUGGUCCGUCCUUUUGAGUAUGACCAUCGUCAUGGAGGGUUAUGAUGGAGCCUUGAUCAACAGCUUUUACGCAUUUCCUGUGUUUCGCAAAUCCUACGGCACCCCGACCAACCACAAGCCUGAUGAUCCGAAUUCUAAGCCCGACUAUCAGAUAUCCCCAGCGUGGCAGACAGGAUUAACAAAUGCCGCGGUUUCUGGCGAGAUUUUGGGGCUAAUGUUUAACGGAUUCCUGACUGAUAAGUUCGGUUAUCACAAGACCAUGGUCGGGUCCCUAAUUGCAAUGUCAUUAUUUGUCUUCCUGGCAUUUUUUGCCGUCAACAUCGAGAUGUUGCUCGUCGCGCAGAUCUUUUGUGGCUUCCCGUGGGGCGUAUUCCAGACCCUGUCUACUACCUACGCGGCCGAGGUCAUGCCGAUGACUCUAAGAGCAUAUUUGACUAGCAGUGUCAACAUGUGCUGGUUGAUAGGACAGCUGCUGGCCGCCUCAGUGAUUCGAGCUUUGGUUCACAAUACGUCAGAAUGGUCGUAUCGACUUCCUUUCGGACUUCAAUGGGCAUUUGCCGUUCCUAUCCUUAUCGGCGUCCUGUUUGCUCCAGAGAGUCCGUGGUGGUGCGUCCGGCAUGAGAAGAUAGACGAAGCGAAGAAAUCUCUUUUACGCCUGACCACGAAAGGAACAGACCCCGACUUCAAUGCCGACGAGACCAUCGCCAUGAUGCAACAGACCAACGCAGUGGAAAAGUAUCUCAACGGUGGCGGCGUCUCAUAUCUUGACUGCUUCAAAGGCACCGACCUCCGCCGCACAGAGAUCUGCUGUGUGGUAUGGUGCACGCAGGCCCUUGGCGGUGGUGCCAUGACCGGAUACGCAGCGUACUUUUACGAACAAGCAGGCUUCAACACCGCCAACAGCUUCAACCUCGCAGUAGGCAUGUACGCAGGUGCCAUCUGCGCCGGCAUUUUGUCGUGGGUUGGCAUGCGCAAGAUUGGCCGACGCACGCUAUACAUCGGCGGCCUCGCUGUCUCACUAGUACUACUCAUAGUGACCGGCAUAGUCGGCACAUUACCCGAAACGAAUACCACAUCUUGGACGCUGGGAUCGAUGCUCAUCGCCUUGACCAUCGUUUAUGACUUCACCAUCGGACCCGUUUGUUACGUUCUCGUCGCCGAGGUUCCGUCGACCCGUCUGCGUGUCAAGACGGUCGUCCUCGCCCGGGUCGCGUAUAACAUUGCCAGCAUCGUCAUCAACAUCCUCACGCCACGAAUGCUCAACCCUUCAGCGUGGGACUGGAAAGGCAAAUCCUGUUUUGUGUACGCUGGCACUGCGCUCGGAUGUCUUGUGUGGUGCUGGUUUCGGCUCCCUGAGCCUUUCGGCUUGACUUACAUGGAACUGGACAUCCUGUUCGAGAAGAAGGCGGCCGCGAGGAAAUUCAAAGAGUUUCAAGCUAAUCUCGCCGGCACGGGAUACUUUAGCCUAACUCAGGCGGGUACCAGAUCCGACAGCGUUUGGAGAGGGUAUCAAUGA